AUGAACUGUGGACUCUCGUCCUUUAGUUUUAAUCUCUUUUGGGGACGUACUAUCACGAAGAAAGACAGCGCUGAUUCAGUAGGACAUUCCGAUUAUCUAGACUUCGACUUAGAUCAUGGAUACAGGCUCGCAGAAAAUAUCAAAUCUCUCCUCUCUAUUCUGGCCGUUCUAGUGACGGGGCGAAACUGCGGAGGUUGUAGUUGGCACUCUUCAAGAACGCAUAAAAAUAUUUUCACGGGAAUCGACACCGAUAAUCAGGGCAAGCAUGGCGUUGUUAAUCCCGCCAUCAGGGGUAUCGUGGAGACAUGUCGGGUCGUGCUGUUUGGUACUCGAGUUAAAGGGCGCGUCUCUUGCUCGAUAUAUGCUCUAAGAGGGUUGAAUACCUACCUAAUAUGGCGCGAAUCCAUUGAAGUUAGUAUGAGACGGCCUUGGGCGGAGCUAGACUAUCCAGCAACCUACUAG